AUGGUGGUAGCGAUGAUGACGGUUGGGAACAACCUUAAUUCCUUCCUACACACACGCGUCACUCUGCUUUCUUUCUUUCUUCCUUCCUUUCUUUUAUCCUUCGUUUUAUAUCUCUCAUUUCAUUAUCUAUCUAUCUAUCUAUCUAUCUAUCUAUCUUUUGCCGGUUAUCGACACUUUAUUUCUUCCUUUCUAUCUAUCUGUCUGUUUGUGUAUCUCUCGUCAAUGAUCUUUCUUUGUUUCUUUGCAAUACUUUAUCUAUCUAUCUAUCUAUCUAUCUAUCUAUCUAUCUAUCUAUCUAUCUAUCUAUCUAUCGUUUGCCGGUUAUCGACACUUUAUUUCUUCCUUUCAUAUCUAUCUGUCUGUUUGUGUAUCUCUCGUCAAUGGUCUUUCUUUGUUUCUUUUGCAAUACUUUAUCUAUCUAUCUAUCUAUCUAUCUAUCUAUCUAUCUAUCUAUCUAUCUAUCGUUUGCCGUUUAUCGACACUUUAUUUCUUCCUUUCUAUCUAUCUGUCUGUUUGUCUCGUCAAUGGUCUUUCUUUGUUUCUUUGCAAUACUUUAUCUAUGAUCUAUCAUUUCUUUAUCUAUUCUUUGCAACUUUAUUUCUUCCUUUUAUCUAUCUGUCUGUUUUGUUUAUCUAUCUUUCUUUGUUUCUUUUCUAUUUAUCUAUCUAUCUAUCUAUCUAUCUAUCUAUCUAUCUAUCUAUCUAUCUAUCUAUCGUUUGCCGGUUAUCGACACUUUAUUUCUUCCUUUCUAUCUAUCUGUCUGUUUGUGUAUCUCUCGUCAAUGGUCUUUCUUUGUUUCUAAGCAAUACUUUAUCUAUCUAUCUAUCUAUCUAUCUAUCUAUCUAUCUAUCUAUCUUUUGCCGGUUAUCGACACUUUAUUUCUUCCUUUCUAUCUAUCUGUCUGUUUGUGUAUCUCUCGUCAAUGAUCUUUCUUUGUUUCUUUGCAAUACUUUAUCUAUCUAUCUAUCUAUCUAUCUAUCUAUCUAUCUAUCUAUCUAUCUAUCGUUUGCCGGUUAUCGACACUUUAUUUCUUCCUUUCUAUCUAUCUGUCUGUUUGUGUAUCUCUCGUCAAUGGUCUUUCUUUGUUUCUUUGCAAUACUUUAUCUAUCUAUCUAUCUAUCUAUCUAUCUAUCUAUCUAUCGUUUGCCGUUUAUCGACACUUUAUUUCUUCCUUUCUAUCUAUCUGUCUGUUUGUGUAUCUCUCGUCAAUGGUCUUUCUUUGUUUCUUUGCAAUACUUUAUCUAUCUAUCUAUCUAUCUAUCUAUCGUUUGCCGUUUAUCGACACUUUAUUUCUUCCUUUCUAUCUAUCUGUCUGUUUGUGUAUCUCUCGUCAAUGAUCUUUCUUUGUUUCUUUGCAAUACUUUAUCUAUCUAUCUAUCUAUCUAUCUAUCUAUCUAUCUAUCGUUUGCCGGUUAUCGACACUUUAUUUCUUCCUUUCUAUCUAUCUGUCUGUUUCAAUACUUUAUCUAUCUAUCUAUCUAUCUAUCUAUCUAUCUAUCUGUCUGA